CGAUCUUUCGAAUUUAGGGUUUUGCUUUAAUCCACAGACUUCAUCCCUCGAGUUCAUUGAUCCUCUCUCUCUCUCUAAUGGCGGACCAGAAAGAUCAACGCACAGAUCCUCCUGGUGAGAAGUCAGCAAAUCUCCCAAUAAAGAAGAGAGCAAUGGCUGAAAAAACUCUCAGAGCACCCGAGUCAUCUAAGUCAGAGUCUGAUAGCGGCGAUGGAGAUGUGACUUGUUUAUCCGCCGAAGACGUCACGAAAGAGACACCUACAGUCCAAGAAUACCAGAUGAAAGCUUUCUACCAUCUUCUCCAAGUUUUCUCUUUUGAAACCUCGACAAUGUCAAACAAGAGGACUGAGAUCAUUGAGAAACUGAUGAAAGAGUGGGAGAUAUCUGACGAAACUCGCAACGCUUUUGUGGAUAAGAUUCAGAAGAAUCUUCUAACCCUAGAGAAAAUGGAGGAUGCAUCUGUAACUGAUGAGAAGGAAACGCAGAUAGUAUCAGAGACGUCACUGACCAAACCUGUAUCCCCUAGUUCGACUUAUGUUCCUGAAUCUGGCAAAAGCUGGGGCAGUGUUAAUCCUGAGUCUCUUAUUGGAAAAUGUGUUCGUAUGAGGCUGCCUGAGGAAGCUGAGUUCAGUGAUUACAUCAUCAAAGCAUAUGAUGCGGAACAGGAAAUGCAUCGGGUAAUGGCUGCAGACUCGAAUGCAAUGGAGGUUGAUGAGCCGUAUAGCUUGAUAGAUCUUAGAGAAGUUUCUCCUGAGGAUAUAAUGUGGGAAGGUGGAGAAAAGCCAAACUUUGAUGCUCCCAAACAGUCUACAGCUCAACGAUCCCUUUUCUGA